CGUUCACACUUUCAACUUUCAAAGAGGAAAUCCGGACCGCCUGUGGGCAAGUGACUUGGUUGUUUUACAUCAAAUAGAAUCGGAGCUUUAUUUCCUGUCCUGUAAAGUCUAAGCAGCGCCAGUUUUAUUCAAAAUGUUCCGUUUGCCAGUUUCGCUUGCUCGCACCUCCAUCAGCCGCCAGCUGGCCAUGCGCGGCUAUGCCAAGGACGUCAAGUUCGGGCCGGAGGUGCGCGCCAUGAUGCUCCAGGGUGUCGAUGUGCUGGCCGAUGCCGUGGCCGUGACCAUGGGACCCAAGGGCCGCAACGUGAUCAUCGAGCAGUCGUGGGGCUCGCCCAAGAUCACCAAGGACGGCGUUACGGUGGCCAAGUCCAUUGAGCUGAAGGAUAAGUUCCAAAACAUUGGCGCCAAGCUGGUCCAGGAUGUGGCAAACAACACAAAUGAGGAGGCUGGCGAUGGCACCACCACUGCAACCGUUCUGGCCCGUGCCAUUGCCAAGGAGGGCUUCGAGAAGAUCUCGAAGGGUGCCAAUCCCGUGGAGAUUCGUCGGGGCGUCAUGCUCGCUGUGGAGACGGUUAAGGACAACCUGAAGGCCAUGUCGCGCACUGUCAAGACACCGGAGGAGAUCGCCCAGGUGGCUACCAUCUCGGCUAACGGCGACCAGGCCAUCGGCAACCUGAUCAGCGAGGCCAUGAAGAAGGUCGGGCGCGAUGGUGUCAUCACUGUUAAGGAUGGCAAGACCCUCAACGACGAGCUGGAGGUGAUCGAAGGCAUGAAGUUCGAUCGCGGCUACAUUUCGCCCUAUUUCAUCAACUCUUCCAAGGGCGCCAAGGUGGAGUUCCAGAACGCCCUGCUUUUGCUUUCGGAGAAGAAGAUCACCUCGGUGCAGAGCAUCGUUCCCGCCCUGGAGCUGGCCAAUGCUCAGCGCAAGCCGCUGGUCAUUAUCGCCGAGGACAUUGAUGGCGAGGCUUUGAGUACCUUGGUUGUGAAUCGCCUGAAGAUCGGCCUGCAGGUGGCCGCCGUUAAGGCACCCGGUUUCGGUGAUAACCGCAAGAGCACCCUCACCGACAUGGCCAUCGCCUCCGGUGGCAUCGUCUUCGGCGACGAUGCCGAUCUCGUUAAGCUCGAGGACGUCAAGGUCAGCGAUCUGGGCCAGGUGGGCGAGGUUGUGAUCACCAAGGAUGACACCCUACUGCUGAAGGGCAAUGGCAAGAAGGAGGAUGUGCAGCGCCGCGUCGAUCAGAUCAAGGAGCAGAUCACCGACACCACCUCCGAGUACGAGAAGGAGAAGCUGCAGGAGCGCCUGGCCCGUCUGGCCUCUGGCGUUGCCCUGCUCCGCGUCGGUGGAUCCAGCGAGGUGGAGGUUAACGAGAAGAAGGACCGCGUCCAUGAUGCCCUCAACGCCACACGGGCUGCCGUCGAGGAGGGAAUCGUUCCCGGCGGUGGCACUGCCCUGCUGCGCUGCAUUGAGAAGUUGGAUGGCGUCCAGACCACCAACCAGGAUCAGAACCUCGGCGUGGAGAUUGUGCGCCGUGCCCUGCGCAUGCCCUGCAUGACCAUUGCCAAGAACGCCGGCGUUGAUGGCGCUAUGGUGGUUGCCAAGGUGGAGACCCAGUCCGGUGACUAUGGCUACGAUGCCCUGAAGGGCGAAUAUGGCAACCUGAUCGAGAAGGGCAUCAUCGAUCCCACCAAGGUGGUGCGCACCGCCAUCACAGAUGCUUCUGGUGUUGCCUCUCUCCUGACCACCGCCGAGGCUGUGGUUACCGAGAUUCCCAAGGAGGAUGGUGCUCCUGGCAUGCCCGGCAUGGGCGGUAUGGGCGGCAUGGGAGGCAUGGGCGGCAUGGGUGGCAUGAUGUAAGCCAUCAGAAAGAGAGAGAGAGAGAUGCAGAGAAAGCCGAAGCCAGUGUAAUGUUUAAGUCAUGAUGCGGAACGGCGGCGUUGGGGAGGGAAGCGAACGCGGCCAACAGUCGAGGCGAGACCCACCAAUAUCUCUUACGUCGGUGCAUCCAGCCGAACUCAAUCAAGUUAUGAACUCCCAUGCAAACAUUCUAAUCCCCGAUGGAACUCUUGGUUUUGCUUCGCAUUUAUCCUUUGGCAUCGCCCGAGUAGCCUCAUCGACAAACACAGCACAGCACCACAAAUACGCAAAGGCUGGAUGUGAGCUCGCCGAGAUUCUGGAGUGUUCGCUUUCACGAUUUACGCCGCUGCUUCCCAUUGUGUGUUUUGACGUUUUUUUUAACUAUUCCUUAAUUCUAUAUUUUUUUUUUACAUGUUAUAUAUGUAAAGAUACCGUUAGUUGUAAAAUAUAAAAAAAAAAAAAAGAACACAA